AUGUAUGUAGCAGCUCUUUUGCUCUGGCUUGGCCUGCACUUGCAAGGCUGCCAGCAGCCAAGUUCAGAUGUUGAGAUUGGGGAUGAGGACGCGUCGAACACGUCAUCGAACACAUCUGUUGAAGACGAUACCGGCUAUGACAUGUCUACAGCGGGCCGUGCCUGGCUGUAUAGCGAAGCUGCAUAUUCAGCACAGUGCGGUACAAAUCUUGAGGACUGGACGUGCUCGGCGUGUUUGCGCCUCCCUCAAUCUAUGCGCCUUCGCCCAAAAGUGCAAGUGGGCCGCUCCCCUUCAACCGACGUCUUCGCGUUUGCCGGGAUAGCGGAUGACGGCAGCCUGGUGAUAGCGUUUCGGGGGACCUCCAGCUUGAGGAAUAUCUGGACGGAUGCCAGGUUUUUUCAGGAGAAGUGGAACGAGGAGGAGAUGGUGCAUACAGGUUUCGGAGUUGCGGCCAAAGAGCUGAUCGGUGACUUUUUGUUCCGCGCUGUAGACCAACACGCCGCACAUGAUCCAAAUAUUAGCCAGGUGAUCAUUACUGGUCACUCACUGGGCGCAGCUGUGGCGCACAUCUACUUGGCCAACCUCCUCCUGAUGGCGGAGUCCGGAAGACUCAACGGCACUCACUUCAUCUUACGGCCCGAGGUUCAGGUCGGGUUGUACACCUUCGGCCAGCCUCGCGCCGGGAACCUGCCUUUUGCCUCCGCCUUCUGGCGAAGGGCUGAAGCCGCGGCUGUGCGGGCCUUUCGGGUGGUCAACGGCCCGGACCCUGUGACGCAGGUGCCCUGCAAGUUUAUGGGCUAUCGCCAUACCUCGGUGGCAGUGCACUUUGCUGCCUCGGGGCAGAUGCAGAUUUAUCCCCGCGGCAGGGAAGUGGAAUGCUUCGAAGGCUGGGAUGGCUUCAGCUGGCACAGCAGCGACAGCUAUCGCAGUGUGCUGGUGCAGUUCGACUCAUGUUCCAGCAUUCGGCCCGCGUGCAGCUUGCCGGACUUUACGAAGGAGAGCUUCUUCAACGGUUCUGUGAGCACAUCGGAUUUGGAAUCGGAAAGCUUUUGGAGGGACCUCUAUGAUGCCAACCUGUCGGACAUUGCUGAGGAGGAUUUGUACAUGAGCCUGGAGAACGUGAGCGCCAACCUCAGCUUGGGCGAUCUGGGCGACCCUGCGGACGUCCUGAAUUGGUCGGGCUCGCUGGGGCCGGUGCCGCUGUCGCCUUGCGAACUCGGGGCAUCCGAGGAGCACUGGACCUCGGCCUGGGCGGUACCUUACAGCGCUGACGCCGAGAUUUUGCCCGAGUUGCCCAAGUUCAAGAUCCUGGUGCCUGUGGGCGUUUCAGCGCUGCGUGCCACCUGUGGUGGGCCCGGCGGCCGCGGGGCCCGGGGCCGUGCCUACAGGGAAGGGGACUACAACGGGGCGGCCGGGGCCUCGGGCACCGUGGUGGAGGCGAACUUCAGCUUGGGCUCGGAUGCCUGGGGCCGCACGCUGGUGGCGGUGCUGGGCUUGCACCUGGACCCCUCACGGGCCACAGAUCUCAGCCCGGCGCCCAGCACCGCGCUGUACCUCGAGGAGGUAUCGGAGCAGGCGCUGCUGGUGGAGGCCGGCGGCGGCGGCCUGCAGGACGUGAUCGGGCCGGGCCGGGCCAGGGGCAGCGGCCCAGUGCAGCUGCUCCAAUCGCAGACCUUCGCCGGCCGGCCUGGACAGCCCAGGUCGCCGUUGAUGGGCGGCGCCAACUCCUGGGCCAACACCCCGAACGGCGGGGCUCCUCCGUGGCCGGCAGAAGCGCUGGAGAUCCUGAAGCAGAGAUUCCCGGAGAUCGACCCGAAGAAGCUCUUCGGGCAGACGAGGUUGGAGCAAUGGCCGCCCCAGCUGGGCGGCGGAGGUCCUGGCGGGUCUCACAACCAGGGAGGCAUCUAUGGCCUUUAUUCUGGUGCCCCGGGUGCCUGCGUGCUGCAGUUCAACAAGACGGUUUUGAUUUGA